UCAGUGGGAGCGUUGGCAGAGCCCUGGCGCCCCGAGUCUGAGCUCGCAUCGGCCGAGGGCCCGCGGAGACACUCUCUCGCGAUGCGGUCGCUGGCGCGGGGCCUGGUCGCGCUCGCGGUCUGCGCCGUGUGCCGCGUGCUGGGCGGCGGCACCGCCACGUGCGAGGCACUGGCGGAGGACUACAGGAGCGAGGGCUGCUGCACGGAGGACGCGCCGGCCCCGGCCCCGGCCGCGGCCGUGACGCAGUCCUUCGGCCUGAAGAUGUGGGCCGACGGGCUCGCGGCGAGCAUCGUGGCCCUGCUGGCCGAGUUCCAGGGCUCCCCGGAGCUGCUGGAGAGGCUGGUGCACCCGCUCGACGGAGAGGAGCGGAUCUCGGCGCUGCAGUACGAAGGCAACAAGUGGGAGAACCUGACCUUCUGCGCGAUCUUCGCGUGGUGCACGCCGCACGGCCCCGCGCUCUGCGAUAUGAGCUACACGCAGAAGCUGCAGACCCAGUACGUGCUGACCGAGGCCUUCUCCCCCGGAGGCUACCAGACCCUCAUGGCCGUCAUGAACAGGCACCAGGUCAUCGGCGAGCUCGAGGAGCUCGUGACGUCCGAGUGCCACGACAAGGCAGAGCAGAUCUACGCGGCCCUGCAGGGCGGCGCCUUCCUGCCGGAGAACUCCGACAUCUGGGACGCCGCCGCGGUCGCGGGCGUCGACAUCUCGAACUGCAGCUACUUUGCGGUGGCGGGCGCGAGGCCGUCGGACCCUGGGUCAGAUUGGCCCGAGUACGGCGCGGACCGCUUCAACGAGACGGCCCACGUCGCUUGGCACUGGGGCUCCACGCCGGGCUGGGAGGGCCGCCUGCGGCAGUUCUGCGACUUCAGCUUCUCCCUCUUCCUCGAGGAUCCGGCGAGCUUCGCCGUCGGCCAGGCGUUUGGCUUCCGCUUCGAAGGCCACCACCUCUCGGCCAACAUGGUCGUCACCUACGACGCCGACGGGGUGCCAAGAGUCACCGCCACGCCGCUGAUGCUGGGUGCGUUUCCCAUGGCGUCGCCACCAAUUACAGACGCUGCCAGCGGCUCCAUUGGCGGGCUGGAGAUGUCGGGCUUCCAGCUGCACUCAAAGUGGGUGGAGUCUCAGCUGCUCCUGUUCCACCUGACCCGCCACCUGCGCUCGUUCUUCCAGCUGCUCACUCCAGAGCAGCAGGGCGCGUCCCUGAUCGAUCCCUCCUACGUGCCGCAGACAGCGCCGUUCAAGAAGACGCUGCCGAACGAGUUCCAGUUCCUCGCGUCCAUGACCGCAAACCUGACGCAGGACCACGUGGAGGAGUCCCUCGAGGGGCUGCCGCACAUAGAGCUGGAGACGACGGCUCUGAGCAUGGAGGCGAAGUGGCACCUCCUGAAGGCCUUCUCGUCGUACUCGGGCCUGCUGUCGUCAGAGGUGGGCGUGCUGUACUCCUCGCGCGUCAACAAUGCGCUCGCGGACGGCGGCGGGCGCGUGACUCUCGCGUGGGCCGGCGGGCCCACGGACGAUCCUUACUCUGUGUGGGGCUGUUUUGUUCUCGUCGGGGAUCUCAUUGUCGAGCUCUUCCAAACGAACGAGUGGUCGGUGGAGUUCAACGCGGGCGACAUGCGCAUGAAGGCGAACCACGUCCACACGAUGAUGCGCGACCUUCGCAACGCCUGGCAUCUGGACCCGCUGGAGACGCACAUGCACGAGGGCCACGACCGGAGGCUGGGCGGCGACCACCACCACGACUGCCACAGCGGCCUCUGCGGAGACGGUGGCCAGGGGAAUGUCCAGACGGUGGGCGCUGCGGCCCGCGCGUGGACGCAGGCCUUCGAGUCGCUCUUCGCACUUCUUGCCAUCAUCUGGGUUGCCCGGGUGUGA